GGCAGAAAGCCGGAUCACUGGCUCACAGGAGGAGGAGGGACACGCGCCUGAUUCUCCUUGUGAGUUCUCACAAAGCAGACGCCACACAGACGCUGACAGAGAGAUGGCCAUACCUCAGGUGUUCAACUCCAACACUCCGUUCAUCAUUGUGGCCGGAGGCUCCGAGCUCUCGUUUCUUGGCAAAGAGGAAAACAGUGAAGGACGUGAGGAGGAAAAGGACUCACUGGUCCAAGCCAUGGCUCCACACCUGAGUCGGGCGAUGCAGCACGGCACCGCCAAACAUGUGGUCACGGAGGGCCAUGAAGUGGAAGAUCCCUGUGUCUCUAUAGUUGCACAGGCUGAAAGAGAGGACUUUCAGGAGUUCAGUCCCACCGGCACACAGGGCCCCUUCUCAAGAUCUCAACAGCUCAAAAAGCUCAGGUCUGUCAGUCAGGAGUCGGCCUUUGUGAGUGACACAGAGGACGAGGACUUAGAGGAGGCCGCCAAACUCCCGCACUACCACCUGCAGAGGAAACAGCGCAGGAAAGCCAGAGCAAGACAGACCCAGGAGGACGGGGAACAACCUCCCGUGAUCUGUGGCCUGUGGGUCCAGGAGAUCGACUGGCUGAAAUCAUUAGGCACAGAGGCGCCAUCGUCGGCUGAGAUCAUCCCGCCUCCUCCUCAGUUCACUGACUUGGUCUCGUGCGCCUGCAGCCACGGAGGCCGACACCUCUACGUAGGUGACGUCAGAACAUUAGAGGAAGUGUCACCAUCAGAAGACCAAUACAGAUCCAACACAUCCAGCCCCGAGGACAGAGGAGGCUCGGACUCUGAUUGUGGUCCUGAGCAGGACUCUGAGUCUGUCUGCACUUAUGAUAGUGACUCAGACUCAUCCUGUUGUGCAGAGGACGACAACCUACAGAAGUCUGGAGACGAGGUCAAAAUGUCACCAAAUUCAACCCUCGACUUGAUGCGCGUGUCUGGGUUUAACUCCAAUCACGCUGAUUGGUAUUCGGACUCUAGUGGAUGUGUUGAAAGCCUGCUGGGACUUUCAGACUCCAGCGGCACCUCUAGCACGGCGAACACAUCCCAGCAUGACGUGAGUUUGGAGGAACUGAGAGGCAGAGUGACGCAGAUGCCGAAGAGUUUCGUGUCACCUUUCUUUGAAGAUUUGAUCAAAUAUAAUCUGAAAGACUGGAGACACGGUGUCCCUCACACGGAGGGACUCAUAUUUCAUGAACAACUUCAGCCCAGCAGUUGUCAGUACAGGGAGGGAGAAGAAUACUGCAUUCUCCACCACAUACAGAACGGCUCAUACGGUGACGUGUUCUGUGUUCGGGACAAAAGGACGGGAUUCCAAUGUGCUGCCAAGAGGAUUCCACUUAGUCACUUCAGCGGUGAGGAGGUGAGCACGUGGAGCGCUCUCAACUCUUCUCGAGUCGUCGAGCUCUUUGGGGCCGUGAGCGAGGGCCUGAACGUCGUGCUCUUCAUGGAUUUAAAACCAGCUUGUUUGGCCCAGCUCCUCAAAGAGAUGAACUCACUCCCUGAGGAUUUGUCCCUGCACUACCUGCAUCAGACACUGGGGGCGUUAGAACACCUGCACCACAAACAAGUCCUUCACUUGGACGUCAAAGUUGACAAUGUGCUGCUGUCUGCAGACUGCAGAGACACAUUCCUCUGUGACUUUGGUCUCUCACAGACAUUGGAUGACAGUGGACAGAGUACCAAGGCAUUCAGGGGGACGGCCUUCCCGGGCACACAGACCCACAUGGCCCCAGAGGUAGCUCGAGGGGAUCGACUCUGUGCCAAGGCAGAUGUGUGGAGCAGCUGUUGUAUGCUACUGCACAUGCUCAACGGCUGUCACCCGUGGAUACGUUACUAUUCCCAUCCACUGUGUCUCCAGAUCGUCAAUGAGCCUCCACCUCUGUGGGAGGUGCCCUCCACCUGCAACAACUUCACAGCCAAAGUGUUCAGGGCUGGACUCCAGAAGGACCCGGACAGACGAGCGUCUGCUAAGGAGCUCAGGAGGAAAACCACACAGGCCCUCAGAGCAGUUGGGGGACUGAACCCCUGGUCCUUGAAAAACGCCCGCGAGAUUCUGCAUCGUGGCAAGAACACGCCCUCAGAAGACACCCAAUGCUCUUUGUCCCCAGGGAAAACCCCAAAUAAACCAUCCACUGCUGCCUCAGCACCCACAAUGCACUGGGUGAGCCCCUGGAGAACUACAGCGGUGGAGGAGGAUGGCAAUGACAGAGAAGAUGGAGACUCUGACCUCAUCUCUGAGGUAGAGGUGGAUUCCUUCAAGAUGGAGUGGGACUCGCAACCAAAGUCACUGCGAGACGACUAUGCUGAAAAAGACUGGGACACCGAGUCUGACUCAGACGUUGACAUGUACAUGGGGGAGGAGGAAUUCAUCCAGGAGAAGUGGCUGAAAAUGGACAGGGACUAUGAGGGGGACUGGGAAGAGGAGGGCCAGGAAGACGGGGAGGAGGACGAAGAGUGGGACUCUUCUGUGUCCACAGAGUAUCAUCGCGCACUCAGAGGCCUUUUCCCUUUGCUGCAAAAAGGCCAGGCAAAUGACAGUCCUUGGGGAUCAGAGGCAGAGCUGGAGUACCUCAGAGAUGAUGUAGCUAUAGGCACCAUGAUCCAGACUCCUUCCCCUGAACCUCGAGAUGACCCCCCAUCCUGCUUCAGCUGCUCGGAAACAUCGCAGAUAGAUGCCUCAGAGAAGGACUCUGACCAUUCAUCUGAUGACCUGAGCUCUGGAGUCUUUUCCUCCUGCAACAGUCAGACAGACGGACACUUAGAGUGGAUGGCCGCAGAGAAUAAGCCCCACUUGCAUUGCUUUCAGGGUGUGGACAUCUGGAUAGAGAACGUCCAGGGCGAGUGUCUGAGGAUCCGUGAACACCGGCAGGUCAAAGUUGGCCACGUCGCUGUCGGAAUCAGUGAACAGAUUUCUGGGAAAGCCUUCACUUUGGAGACGCUGGACAGGAAGAUGGUGUCCUUUGACCAAGAAAUCAAAGAGUCUUGUGUGUGGUUCCGGUUUGUUCCUGCUCCCGACACAUGUCGACGAUGGAGGUGGAGGGUCAGAGACGGCAAGCUGGAACUACAAGAAUGAAACUGACUUUUUUAAUUGUUUAUCGAUUGCACAAAGGUUGGACCCACUGUUCUUGACUCAUGCGAACAAGAAGAAUUCUAACAGUGUAUAAGCACACGGUGGUAUUUACUGAGUAAAAACUGCUGCUUUAAGGAGAAAGAUGUGAUACAUGUGCCUUUAAGUGUUUUUGCAUGUGAUUUCUGAGCUCAGAAUAAGCUCAAGUAUGUGCAAACAUACAAGGAGUGUGACUCUAAAUAUACUCAAUCAAAGAUUUUGAAAAUAGGUGAUACAGUGGAUACAACUUUAUUACAUGUAGCUUUAUUAUUAAUAAAAAAAGAUUAAUAAUAAUUAUCUUUGUUCUGCUUUGUAAGAACAGACAAACAAACAAAGGAAACCUCUUGGGAGUGCUGCAGGAUGUCUGGACCAAAAUGUGUACAUAUACUCAUUUACAAUGACAGAGUUGAUGGAUUGUUGUCUUGCUAUCAUCUUUUUUUGUCGUUAUUUGUACUUGCUGGUGAGUGAGAAAUGUGUGUAGCAAUGCUAUGAGGAGUUUGUUAACAGUCCACUGGAUAUGUGUCUCCCUGGUGAGGCUGUAAGUCAAGAAAAUUGUCAUUGUGUGUUAACUGGCAUUAAUAAAUGAUUUUGUUUACUAUUA